CGUACGGCGCCGCGUUCACCGUCAGGAUUGGAACUGAAUGGUUGUUGGUCGGCAUGUGCGUGCGCGAGUGAAUAGGUGUUGCCGUGCGCGAAUGAAGUGCAGUUCAGUGUGCUAUCUCGUGCGUUCCCUUGAGUGAUCAUUUGUUGCAUUUAUUACAGUAACAUUUUUACAAAUAAUAAGUGUGUGGUGUUGCUUUAUGAUAAGUGUUUUUGUGACUCGUACUAAAUUGAGAAAAUAAAUAAAUGAUUGUGGUUCUCGUGACGUCGGUUGACAACAAUUGCGAAGAGAAGAAUAAUGAUAUUUGUGUUGGGAAAGGUGGCAGUGGAAUGUUUUUAUUUUUGUGAUAUAUCAACGAGACUUCGUUAUUCAUGGUGACAGUGAGUAAUUUUCUCCCCAAAAAGCAGCCAGUGUGGAUUAACACCAUAGAAAAAAAAUUAUAUUAUUUUUGUCGCAACCCGUAGUAGAAGAAUUCCGAGAAUAAUGUAAGUGUAAGCGGAAUUAUUGCCUGAAAUAUCAGCUUCAUGGAUGUAUCGUGAGUGCCGUAGAUUCUCCUUAUUAAUGAAAAUUUGGGUGAGUGCCACAACGCCUUUCCACUUUCGGAGGACGAACAAGUUUUUGGUGAGUUUUCGUAUAAACAAUUGUAAUUCAGCAAUUGUGGUUUGCACCUUAGAAAAUUGCAUUAUUCAGAAAUUGGUGUUGCUUGCUGUUUUGUUUUGUUUUUUUUUUGUUUUUUUUUUCUCUCAAGAUUUUGGUUUAUGGCAUUUGGCACUGUGUUUAUUUGUGAUGCGUUCUUGUUACUUGAUGAACAACGCGAUAAGAUGUGUAAAGAAACGCGUUUUUGUUUACAAUUUGUUUUCGAUAUUUUGUAUUUAUGAAUGUUUUUGA